CCUCUGUGACGCUCAUGAUGCCACUUGUGAGUAGCACAGCCCAUCUUCCUCUACCAAUAGAUCCAUCUCAACUUGCCAUAGAAGCAAUAUCUAAACCAUAAAAAGGGUAUCAUAAAAAUCUCGUCAUGAGUAUCAUAAAAAAACAAGACAGACAAACAGACAAAAUAGCGCUCGCUCAUCCUCAACACAUGCAUGUAGUGAGUGAAACUGCCAACCAGGAAUCUCUUCAUGAGCCAUCCAAAAAAGACUUCGCCGCUGCACCCAGCCCUGCCAGGAUAACGACCAUGUCUUUGGAACCAGCCCCAUCUGUGACUUGCACACUUUCUCAGCUACGUCGCUGCCUCCGACCCUGUCAGAUUAACGACCAUGCUGCAUGCAAGUUGAUGCGGAUGUCACGAGGUGCCAGGAGUCAAACAUCUAGACGACUGCCCGCUGCCCCCGGCCCUGCCAGGUUAACGGGUAUGUCCUCCAGUUGACUCGCACUCAGUCCCAG